UAAAAAUGGAGAACUAUAAAUUUGGUACUCCUAUUUUGAGAGAUAAGGUUCCAUUUAUCAAUUAAGUUUUCGGCAUAGGACCUUUUAAUCCGCAAUUAUAAAUGCGAAAGCCGGCUGCUCGAGACAGCUUUCUGAGCAUAUGGAAUUGAAUGUUAGUAGAGGCGGUUGAGAGACUUGGGCAAAGGCAAUGGAGCAUAUGCAGGUCGGGUUUCCAAGAGUUGCAGGCGUGAAAUGGGUCAAAGAAUGGGUUCCUCAGGAGACUAUCUUAAACAAUGGGAAGUGUUAUAUUUUGAAAUGGGUUAGCGAGGAUACCUUGAAGACACUAAAGGAGAAACAUCAAGAGAAAGAGCCAGAGCCUGAACCAGUUACUCCAAGAAUUUUCCUUUGCAGUUAUGAAGGCUGUGGAAAGACUUUCACAGAGGGAGGAGCCUUACGGAAACAUUCCCAUGUGCAUGGCGAGAAACAACAUGUUUGUCAUUAUGAAGGAUGUGGCAAGCAUGAUUUAUCAUCUGAAAGUGUGGGCUUGCAGAAAUUUCUGGAUAGUUCUAAGCUCAAGAGACACUUUCUUAUUCACACUGGAGAAAAACAUUUUGUAUGUCCUCACGAAGGUUGUGGUAAGGCAUUCUCUUUGGAUUUUAACUUGCGAGCACAUAUGCGCACGCACUCACAGGAGAACUAUCAUAUUUGUCCAUUUGAGGAAUGUGGAAAACGUUAUGCGCACGAGUACAAGUUAAAAGCACAUAUAAAAUCCACACAUGAGAAGAAUUUGGCUCAUGCUGUGAAGUUGACACCCCCUCAAGCUGAGAGGGAGUUUGUUAAUCCGAAAGUCUCAAUACCAGCAUAUGGAACUGUCACUUCAGAUCGCCCCUUUAUCUGUCCUUAUGAGGGUUGUGACAAGUGCUACAUACACGAGUAUAAGUUGAAUCUUCAUCUUAGACGAGAGCAUGCAGGUUAUGCUUUUGAAGAAAAUGGAAAACAUGAAAGUGAGAGCGAUGAUGAAAUGGAUCAAGCAAGUGACCAAGAGACAAAUGUAAGGAAUGCUGGUAUCAUGACUGGAUCUGGCCGUGGAAAACUACGAGUGACUUCAAAGACAGUGUCUGCAGCAAAUGUUCAAAGAAAGAUUCUAAAUUCAGGCAUGGUUGAUUUGAACACAAACACAAAUGCCAGAUCAUUCACCAAGUCAAAAGAACUUGGGAAGGGCAAUCCUCAAGAAGACAGUGAAGAGACCAAAGAAGAUCAGGAUGACACAGAUAAUGAAGGUUGGGGCCAUGGUACAGAAACAGAUGAUGAUGAUGAGGAUGAGGACGAUGAUGAGGAAACUGAGGAUGAUAUGGACUAGUCCACAAAAAAUGAUUUUUAAAGUCAACAAUCAACAAGAAUUGUGAGAUAAGGAAUCAAGCAAUAAGAAUUAUUAAACUGGAGUAGGAUGUGUAAUAAUUAUACCGAUGAGCAGGGAUCACAAGACAUUUGUGAAGUAGAGGUCUUUUAUGCUUUUUGGUUGGUUGUGUGUGAAUUUGAAGAUUUCUCACAUCUUUACCGAGCACGUUGAUUCUAUACCUUACCUUAUUCAUAGAAAAUAUGCCAUCUAUCAUAUAAAUGAACUAGUAGCAUAUGGUAAGUUCUUUUGCCUGUGAAAUGGGCAUUGUUUGCAGGGUUCAGAAAAUUAAUGGGUUGUCUUAAGAGACCUUCCGAGGAACUGUUAUAAUUCUUUACAGUACAGGUGCAUUCAAUGAGACAGUCAACAUGCAUUUAUUAAUUGUGUCCUCAAUCAUAUACCAAAUGUACAUAAUCAUUUCAAAGACAAUUAUAAUUUAAAUAGUGUGUUAACAGAGAUUCGACUUAAAACGGUCUCUAGACUAUUUAUUGCAAUGCUGACAUUUCAAAAGUGCUGGAUGGAGUUACAUUUAUAAAUUAAUUGCAACAUUGGGAAUUAUCA